GGGCGCAGCUGGGAGAGAGCCGCGGGCAGGCCCCGGCUCAAGGCCAGGGUGCUGGACGCGCGCAGAAAGGCUCGGGACCCCCGGAGGCGGGAUCCCGGGGAGCGGGUGAGCGGCCUGGGCCGCGCGGCGGGGCGUCCGGGAGCCCCGGACGGGGUGGGGGCGGGCGGAGGCGCGGCAGGAAGGGCCCGCGGCAGCCGCGCGGGUCGGGCUGGGGGCACGGUGGAGGGGAGGGACGGGGCGGCGCCCGGCUGGGGUGCCGGGCCGGCUCACCUCGCCCAGGCGGCGCGCCCUGCGGGAACUCGCGGGGAGGAAAGCCAGAUCCGCGAGCCUCGGGAUUCCAGGACCGCCCUCUCCCGCCCCAGGGCCAGCGGCGAGCGGCAACGACGGCUGGAGCCGCAGCGGCAGCAUGAGAACUGGCUCCGCCGCUCUCCGCCGGCGGACGCGGGGCGACAGGCGGCGGCGGUGCCUGCGCGCGCCAUGGUGGCGCCGUGGCGCCGGGCGGCAGGUCGGGGCUUCGGGCGGCGCCGAGGCCGGGGGUUUCCGCGGGGCGCUUCGGCGCUGGCCGCCAGCCUGCUGUGCACCGCUCUGGCCGCCUACUCCUGCUGGACUCGGCUGCCGCCGAUGCCCUGGGCGUCCCCCGCCCCGCGGCGGCCGGUGGGCGUGCUGCUGUGGUGGGAACCCUUCGCGGGACGCGACAGCGGCGCGCGGCGGCCCCCGGACUGCUGGCUGCGCUUCAACAUCAGCGGCUGCCGCCUGCUCACCGACCGAGCGGCCUAUGCGGAGGCCCAGGCGGUGCUCUUCCACCACCGGGACCUCGUUAAGGGCCCCCCCGACUGGCCCCCGCCCUGGGGCGUCCAGGCGCGCCGGACGGAGGAGCUGGAGUUGCGGGUGUUGGACGACGAGGCGGCGGCCGCUGCUGAAGCCCUGGCCACCUCAGGCCUCAGGCCCCCGGGCCAACGCUGGGUGUGGAUGAACUUCGAGUCGCCCUCCCACUCCCCGGGCUUGCGCAGCCUGGCGGGUAACCUCUUCAACUGGACCCUCUCCUACCGGGCCGACUCGGACGUCUUCGUGCCUUACGGCUAUCUCUACCCCAGGACCCAUCCCAGCGACCAGCCCCCGGGCCUGGGCCCGCCGCUCGCCCGGAAACGGGGGCUGGUGUCCUGGGUGGUGAGCAACUGGGACGAGCGCCAGGCGCGGGUCCGCUACUACCACCAGCUGAGCCAGCACGUGGCGGUGGACGUGUUCGGCCGCAGCGGGCCUGGGCGGCCGGUGCCGGACGCCGGUCUCCUGCACACUGUGGCCCGCUACAAGUUCUACCUGGCCUUCGAGAACUCGCAGCACCUCGAUUACAUCACUGAGAAGUUCUGGCGCAACGCGCUGCUGGCCGGGACCGUGCCGGUGGUGCUGGGCCCCGACCGUGCCAACUACGAGCGCUUCGUGCCCCGCGGUGCCUUCAUCCACGUGGAUGACUUCCCUAGUGCCUCCUCCCUGGCUGCCUACCUGCUCUUCCUCGACCGAAACCCGGCAGUCUACCGUCGCUACUUCAACUGGCGCCGGAGCUACGCCGUGCACAUCACUUCGUUCUGGGACGAGCCCUGGUGCCGGGCCUGCCAGGCUGUGCAGACCGCCAGGGACCGGCCCAAGAGCAUACGCAACUUGGCUCGCUGGUUUGAGCGGUGAGGCCGUUCUCCUGUGCGUGUAUCCCUGGGGAGGUCAGAUGGGCAGCUUUUUGAGCCUCAGCUGUGCAUCUCCUGGACUCCUGAAUCAUGGGACGGAGUUUUCCAGACACCCAUUUGUACUCCAUGGGGAAAUGGUAGUUUCCAUAUGGCUAAUCAAUAUUACUCAGCGCAAAGACUGGGUGGGAAGGAUUCCUGGUUCUCAUGGGGUUUUUGCAUAAACAGCAGUUGGGCUCUGUCUGCUGUCCCUGAGCAUCAGUGUUCACCUGUGAAGGGAGCCCUUCCUUACCGUGUAACUGGUGCAGAGGGGAAGAAAUAGCUUAUCUACCGGAAGCCUUUGAGUUAGUUGCUCUGGCUUUCCUCAUCGGCCUCAGGCCACAUUUGUGGUCUGUGUGGACUCCAAAUCCACACUCCCGUUUCACUGCGCCAAUGUGCAGCAAGCCUGGGGUUUAAGAAGGCGCCCUGUUGUGGAACAGUGAUAGGACUAGGCCACCAGUGGGUCCUCUUUGUUGAAUUCUGAAAAGUCUCAUCUCCUAAGAAGAAGGAAGAUGAGAAGGAGGGUCACCCAAAAAUCCAUUGACUGUUCCUUAACAAGUCCUUUUUAUUCCCCUGCUCUAUGAAUGCAAAGAAGAUGUUAGAUUGUCCUUGAAGGAGAGUUCAGAUGAAUCUAUAGGUAUACCUCACUUUUACAAAUGUAUUUUUGAAAUGUAUUUUUGGAAAGCUGCUUUUAGAUCAAGUCCCAAUCACUGCUUUAGGAGAGUUCAGUAUUUAAUGCAGCCCUAUGGAGAAUCCCUUUGCAAUGUGAAUGAUCAUCUAACUUAUUUCUUCUGUGUCUAUGUUUUUCUAUAACUUAAAAUUUUUAAGAAGUGUAUUGAAAUUACAGAUGUGAAAAUAAAGUGGAAGCAACCUCUCCCCUCUUUCCAGAAAGCCAGCCUGUGUUUACAAACAGAGGAGAAGGAAGCCACGGUGUCACUUUCCACAAAAUUACUUGUUCUCAUCUAUUUCACUGGACCAAAAUUUCAGCAGGAGCAUCAGUCCUCCAGGGGUGCUGAUAUUACCUGUUUGCAGAACAAGGAAAGAUUGUACUGCAUUAUGGAAUCAUGGAAGAGGAAAAAAGUAUCUGUUAAUGCUAGUUUUUUUCCACUUCCAGUCAGUUUUUGGUAAAAUGUUUAGUUGUCAGGGAGUGGAACUAAAUUAGUUUCUGCAGUGAGCUUUGGGUUUUGUUAAAAUCCAAAUCUGCAACUUUGCUUAGGGCCAGCAGGUUCCCCUCCUGGUCUGCAUGGUAGUCAAGUGCAUCUUUACCUUCCUAGUAACCUUGACGCAGUGUCCUGGGGCCAACUUUGAAAAUACAUGUUAUUGCCUUGGAAAGUUGUUGAAUGAAUAGCUUACUUAGUAGGUGUCCUCAUGUGCCUGCUCUGUGCCAAACACUGGGCUGCAGGUGCCAGGAAAGACAAAAAAAUGUAUAAGGCAAGGAAGGCCCUUUAAAGUCUCCUCGAAUUGCCACUGCCAACAAGUAAGUAAUUAACUUGAUAGAUCAGUUGGCAGAACCUAUUUGUUUAAAAUGACAUUCUUUAAUGUAAUACAGGCUAUAGGUCAAUAACUAGAAAGCCAGUUGAUUUACAGCCUCAAACAAUGGUUUCUUUUUCUCCUAAAUUUAUUAUUUUCUUCUAGUUAUAUUAAGAAAUAAUUAGCACAUGUCACUGUAUACGUUGAAGGCAUAGAGCAUGAUGGUUGGUUUACAUAAAAUGUGCGAUGGUUAUUGCAAUACGUUCAGCUAACAUCCAUUAUCUAAUACAGAUACAAUAUAAAGAAAUCCUCGAUUUAUUAUAAUAAGGACCCUCAGCGACUAAUUAUUAUGGGUUUGGUACAAGAUUAAUCAGCUUUAUAUAAAGUUCUGCCGUAAACAGCAAUUGUGCACUUGAUUAGGACAAUUAGCUGAAUCAUAGAAUAAGUACUGUGUCUGCAUUUGUGCAGACUCACUUGAAAGGCUCACUAAAAUCCAACCGCUUCAGUUCUUCUUUUCCUUGAAAGGAGAGAGUAAAGGGGUUCCUGGGUGGCUCAGAUGGUUGGGUGUCUGCAUUCAGCUCCAGUCUCCGGUCGUGGUCCCUGUCAUGGUCCCCAUCAUGGUCCCCAUUGUGGUCCCGGGGUCCUGGAAUCUGGCCUGCAUCGGGCUCCCUGCUUGGCAGAAUGCCUGCCUUUCCAUCUCCUGAUGCUUGUGUUCCCUCUCUCAUGGUGUCUCUCUGUCAUAUAAAUAAAUAAAAUCUUAAAAAAAAAAGUAAUUAAAGCCCACUGAUAAAAUUUCCUUAUUUAAAUAUUAUAGUGUGGGUGGAAUUACAAAUUAUCAGCUAGCCAAUAAAGAAAAAGUUAAAAAUUCUAUUCUUUAAAAAAAAUACUUUAUUUGAGGGAGAGAGAGCACACAUGAGCGUGAGUACGAGUGGGUGGAGGGGCACAGGGAGAGAUAGAAGCAAACUCAGAUCAUGACCUGAGCUAAAGUCAGAUGCUGAAUGGACUGAGCCACCCGGGUGCCCAGAAAAAUUCUUUUCUUGAAAAUGAGUAUUUAUGAGAUAGUGGUGUUAAUGGGGAAUCUACAUGGGGCACUGGGAGAGUGGAUUUUGGAGGUAAUCUGGCUUAGAUUUGAUUCCAGCUGUGUGACCUCUGCAAAUUAGUAAUAACCUUGAACCUCAGAUUCCUUAUCUGGAAAGUGGAGGAGGACAAUACUUCACAGCUCUUCGUGAGCAUUUGGGGAAGUAAAAUAAAUAAAGGUGCCUAACACAUAGCAGUCAGUUGGCAAAAGAGAAAUUUUUCUUUGCUUUUUUUUUUUUGCGGUGAUUUCAGGGUUCCUCCUUAUGUGCUUGUAUGUCUACAGUUCUCAACAUAUAUUUCAGGAUAUAUCUGAAAUAAAAAGGGGCCUCAAACUGUAUUUCAAAUGUAUCCCUAAAGCUAAACCAUAUGAUUUCAAGAAUCACCAUUGUUACUUAGAUUGAACUUGCAUUUUCAGACUAGGAGGAAGCACCUAUGCCUGCUUUGAAAAAAAAAAAAAUUAUCAAAUUACAUAGCUACAUGAGUAACUAUUAUUUUACCAUGCUUUUCUUGGUGGUAAGUCUAUUUAAAACUGACCAUAUUUAUUAAAUAUUUUGCUGAAGGAAGGUAUACUUGAAUUUUUACUUACGUGCAAAUUCUGGGUGUAGAAGGAACAAUAUUUUUUAGACCGAUCUUGUCAGAGUAAGAAAUACAGCAGUUGCUCAUUUUAUGUUGUUUUUCAUACUCUUAAAUUGAGUAGGUUAAAAUUCAUAUGCCCAAAGUGCAUUGUACUCAGUCAAGUGCUACAGAGUUCCAGUACACUCUAGACCUUCAAAGUUCUAGAACGGGGUGAGCAAACCCGCUGUAAAGGGCCAGAGUAAUUAUUGCUGGCUUUGGAGGCCAUCCAGUUUCUGCUGCUGCUAAACUCUGCUGAUGUAAGGGCAAAAGCAGCCUUUGCCAAUACUAAACAGUUGGAGGGGCCUGGUUUUGGCCGUGGUUUGUCAAUGCUGUGCAAGACUUCGAGCCAUAGAAGGAAUUUGGGGACCCACCUGAUGGGUAUUUCUUAGAAGGGAUUUAAGAAUUGGAAUGGAGGGAUUUUGGAGGCAAAUAUUCCUGGGUUCCAGAUCAGCUUUGCAACAUUUCCUAAUUGUCUUAUCUUGGGUACAUCAUCUAAGCCUUCUGUGUUGUGAUAGUCCCAUCUCUAAUUGAAGGUAAUCAUCUAUAGUUUAUGGAGGUUUUGUAAUAAUUAGAUCAGACACUUAAAGUCCUCAGUUUAGUGUCUGGUACAUAGGAAGCACCUGGAAGAUGUUUGCUGUGACUAUACCAGUCCAUUGUACAAAGGAAGGAGUCCAGACGUGCCUGAGGUUACGGUCAUAGUGGCAGAACCAGCUGUGCUUGUCACAGGUCAAACCCCUUUGAGCCUCUGUCACUUGAACUGCAAAGUGAGGGGGUUGGACAACGUCUUUUUGGGGGAUCUCCUAGUUUCACUUGCCACCAUUCUGUCGACUGGCACCCCAGGGCUUAAGAACUAAUUCACCUCCCCAUGAGCCUUCCUUACAGUCUGAAAAUGACUUCCUGCCCAGCAGCAGUAAACUGGCAGAAAAUCCGGCAGCAGAAAGGGAGAGACUGGUUUAGCGUUAAAACACGCAUCUGUAUAUAUGACACACACACAUAUAUCCAAGUGUCACCUGCCUUAGAUAUGAGGGAAGGGAGCCAAGUUCUUGGUAAUUAGUAUGGUGAAUAAUCGCAUUUAAUGUGCUUCACGUCAUUUUUGGAUGUAUCUCAGGGACUUUUUAUGUUGCACAUUCUUAUACCAAAUGUAGUAUUUAUGUAUGCGUGUUCAGAUUAUUUUGGUAAAAUGAUUAAAGUGUUGAGAUGGAAAGCGACUCCUUGUUUAUAAUGUCUAUCCCCCAGGCACUGACGUGUACAACCGGGACAUGUGGGGUGUUUCUUGGCUGAGGGGUUUCUGUAAGGUCAUCAGUCCUGGAUUAGUCACUAAAAUGUGAUGGUUUAUCUCUUCCGAGAUGUGCCAGGUCUAAUUCAGCUCGUCCUCUUUUCUUUCUUGCUUGGCUUCUUCACUUGAACCUGGUGACUUGUCCCCAAGAAUAUAAGUAGGGUUUUCCUUUCUCUCAUUCCAAUUUAUUUUACUAAGUGCUCCAACACACUCCUGUUCGGUAAGCUGAAUAAUGCCAUUUU